UAGUCCUAGAAAAAGGAAAAAAAGAAAAUGUACUACAAUUGAAGAGCAGUGUAAAGGACAAUGUUUCAUUAAACUUAUAGUAGAUGAAGAAUAAAAACGGGCAUUUUUAUUUUACUUCAAGAAGCAUUCUUUUGAGUUGGAUUGAAAAUGAUCAGUUUGCAUUUCGUGUAAAUCUGAACGCAAUGACUGAGGAAAAUCGACCUAAUAGACGUCCGCUUGUUAUUAUUUCACCGGAAAAAUUGAGGAUAGUCGUUGCAUUUUGAAGUUGAUUCAGUUUACUUAAGAAAAGUGCCCAUUGGUGCUCAACAGAUAUAAAAUCGUUAUUCUGUUCACAGUCCUUAGGUCUCGUGAUUGUAUCGCGUAUAAUAGGCUAUAGAUAUUUUGCGAGGGAACGUUUCGGUUUUAUUGCUACCAGUAUGUUACGAAAUGUAGGAUUUUGUUACUAAGCUUGGUGUACUCUGCUUGUAGUUGGAUCCAACUUGUGGCGAUUGAAAACAUAUCGAAAGCAAUCAAAUAUGUUAUGCGUUCACUGAUAGCACUUUCAUUCAGCAUAUUGGCUGCAAAUCAGCGUGAGGACACUGUCAUUCUUACCUGCCUCAUGCGUCGGAAGAUGAACUGAGGAUGGCCGAGGGAAGUAAUUCCCCGUUGAAAAACAUUUCAUCUAGAGACGGGGGCUACCAGGAUCUCCCAUUCCCCUGGGUGGUAACCGUACUGGCCAGUGUCCUCAUCACCACGAUGGUGGUCGAUAUUUUGGGCAACCUGUUGGUGAUCUUCUCUGUCUUCAGAAACAAGAAACUCAGGAAAGCAGGAAAUGCCUUUGUGGUGAGCCUGGCUAUAGCAGACCUGGUAGUGGCCAUCUACCCCUACCCCCUGGUGCUGACAGCUAUCUUCCACGAUGGCUGGAUUGCCGGCUAUAUCCACUGCCAGAUCAGCGGCUUCCUCAUGGGUCUGAGUGUCAUCGGCUCCAUCUUCAACAUCACUGGCAUCGCCAUCAACCGCUACUGCUACAUCUGCCACAGCCUUAAGUAUGACAAGCUCUUCUCCAACAAGAACACUGUGUGCUACGUCAUCCUGGUGUGGAUGCUCACCAUCCUGGCCAUCGUACCUAACUGGUUUGUUGAGUCUCUGCAGUACGACUCGCGGGUCUACUCCUGCACCUUCGCCCAGUCGGUCAGCUCGCUGUACACCAUCACGGUGGUGGUUGUGCACUUCAUCCUCCCCAUCAGCAUCGUCACCUACUGCUACCUGCGCAUCUGGAUUCUGGUCAUCCAGGUGCGCAAACGGGUCAAGCCGGACAACCGGCCCAAGAUCAAGCCCCACGACUUCCGCAACUUCCUCACCAUGUUUGUGGUGUUUGUGCUCUUUGCCGUUUGCUGGGCGCCCCUGAACUUCAUCGGCCUGGCAGUGGCCUUGAACCCGCGGCUGGGCAUGGCCAUCCCAGAGUGGCUCUUCACUGCCAGCUACUUCAUGGCCUACUUCAACAGCUGCCUGAAUGCCGUUGUCUAUGGGGUCCUCAACCACAACUUCCGGAAGGAGUACAAACGGAUCUUGCUGGCCAUCUUCAAGCUGCGCUGCUGAAUGGCCCUGUGAUGGACCGGUCGGUCCUGAAGCAAAAAAAAAAAAAAAAAAAAAAGACUGGACAGCAUGGCAGUCACAUUGAGCAUGCUGAAUGAAUGGCUUCAAAUAAAAGAAAUGGAAUGUAAAUAACAAUAUUAAUGUCAUGGUGCAUUCUAUGUUUAGGCUUCUAUAACUUAUUGAUUUAUUUUUGGGCUUUAUGUGGUGAGGGUGCCUGUUGGUGUCAUAUCUUUUAAUGCGUUAUUUGAAACUUUAAUGGAACUGCUCACUGUUAAUAGUUGCCAUAUUGGAUCAGAGAUGUAGAGCUGGAAGGCUCACAAUCAGGCACAGAAUUUCACUUAACAAUAUGAUACCUCUUCUUGGCUGCCUAGCCCAGAUUUCCUCUACAGAAAUAUGUUUAAGCUUCAGCAAUUUUAUUUCUUCCUCCAAAGAAAUUACCUUGUUACAAUCAAUACGUUAUUCCAAUGAGAUAAGCCAUAGCAACCAAAUGGCUAAGUGCAAUAUAUGAAUGUCUGUUUCCGUCAUGUCGAAAGGUUUUCCUACAUCAUCAUAGUGUAUAUUUGAUAAAAUUGUCAUUACAAAUCAUUGGAGUGUACAUUGAGCACAUCGAAGCAACAAAAGAUGCAGGGACCUUAGUUCUGUGCACAAAAAAAAGUAGUAGUAACAAGUCAGAGUUGCUUAUCGAUAAUACUCAGGAGUGAAAAGAAAAUGUGUACUUCUCUAAAAGUCUGCGCAUGUAAGAGCAAAUAGGGUAUUUCAUUUUGUGCUGCAUCUGCAAAGUGAAUGCUCUGCAAAUCAUUCUGCAGGUGAAUUUAUCCUCAUGAUGUUUCCCAGUUCUUGUAACCCUCCACCAGAUAUUAUACCGCAUACAGAGAGAUACAGGGGGACAGCUAAUAGAAAUGAAAUGUGUGGCAUAGCAUGCAAACAUUGUUUGGGUAAGACUAAAUAUACAAUAAUGCAAAUAUUGGACAUAUAGUGUACCAGUCAUGUGUUUUUUGCACAUUCCCACGAAGAAGGAUAUAUUGAAAUACCUAUGAAAAUUCAUAUUUUUAUAUGAAGAAUUCUGGUUAGCAUUGGCAAGUACAAAGGAAUUAUUUGGUCAUCCACAGUUGUAAAGGAUCACCUUUUCUUUGUAACAUGCACACACCCA